AUGUUGGAAAACCACGGCACUACUGGGGUGUUUCGGGAUACUAAUCCCUUACUGAGGGCACCUGACCAUGACGUGAUUAGUUCCAGUCUUGCCUUUUUCUCCGAGCGUCGAAUCCAGUCCUUAUCACAACAAUUAGGGAAUGACCGGCUCAACCAGCUAGUGGAAACUAUCGAAUCAAUCAUCCGAUCUCGCCUUCUCGCUCAGGGCCCAUCGUCAUCGCCCAUCUCAUUUAAAUAUCCGUCUGAUAUCGAGCAAGUUUCGCUAGACAAGAUCAGGCUAUAUACUGACUCUUACUUCAACCAACUGCACCCAACGUAUCCGUUUCUGGAUCGUCAUGCUUUCGAGGAUAAGGUAUUUGGGCCCAAUCUCUACGAGGAUCUGUGUGCCAACUCUGCGUUCUCGGCUUUGUAUCACGCUAUUUUGGCGCUAGGAUGCCAGUACCAUGAAGGUGGGGCGUUUGAUCCUGGAAAUGGAAAGGCGUGGAAAUUAUUCCAGGUGUCUUUGGGUCUUGUGUCGGAUAUACUGAUGCCGCGAGGAACCUUGAUGGGCCUUCAGGCUCUAAUAGCCAUGUCAAUAUUCGCUAUGACGACCUGUUGUCUUCAAAUCGAUGAGGUCUUACUCAUGGAAGCCACGCGAAUGGCCCAAGGUCUCGGUUACCACAGAGCACUGGCCACCGGGGACCAACGACACAAAGAUACCUGUCACAGAACCUUCUGGGUUCUAUACUACAUGGAAAAGCAAAUGUCUUUCCACGGCAACAAAAGCUCAAUGAUCUCGGACUAUGACAUCGGUUGUCCAAUUCCUGACGUCCCGGAAUCCGUCUUCGGGGAAUAUAACUGGUUUCUGUCGGCCAUCAAGUUUGGUAGAAUUCUCUCGCAAGCAUACGCAUGUGUCUUUUCGGUCAGCGCCGCCUUUCAAACAACGGAGGCACAUCAUACCGCGAUUGAUGAGAUUGAGGCCCAGUUAGAAAAGUGGCGAAUAGCAGUUCCCGUGGGUUUUCGACCUGGCAUGCCGCUUCUUGACCCAAACUGCCUGUCUUCCUUCUUCCCACAGCCGAGCUUCAAAAUGAUCGUUCUGCAUACCAACUUCUCCUACUACGCUUUGACCAUCGCCCUAUCGAGGCUUAAUGUGAGCGUCAGCAGACAAACGCAAUCACUACGACAGGAAAAGAGCAGACGAUUACUCAUGUAUACCGCAAGGGCGAUCGUAGAAGGGAGUAAGAAUGUUGACAUAGCUGCCUACACGCCAAAUUUCAUUUUGGCCGUUUUACCCCUCGCUGCUUUAUUCAUCCUAUUUGACUUCGUGGUCCACAAUCCAACACAUCCGGAGACGCGGAAUAACCUUGCACUAUUGGAUGUAGCGGCCGGUCACUUCAGUCUCUUAGAUUACAAGUCUGGGGGGUUCUUGCCCGGGUCAAUUCUCACCGAAUUCGCACAUAUCGCACGGCAAUUUGUCAAAGACUUUGACAUCAAUCAAUUACGGCCACCACAGCAUGAACCCACUGAAAUGGGCUCGUCCAUUACUGGAUUCAUAUCGGUUGACACCGAGGUAAACCACCGUCUUGAAUAUUUCAAUUCCGCUUGUCCCGUGCUUAACUUUGUUCAGAUUUCCAUGCAGCCGAAUGAAACGAAUAGUAACGAUAAUAAUAACCCCGGGUUACAAGAUAACAUGACACAGUCGUGGUCACCGAGGGACUUUCUAAACUACCCCAUCACGCCAGAGACGACCUUGCAUGGUGUGUCUGACAACCCGAGGAUGACCCAAUAUAAUAUCCAAACGUUGUUUGGUUUUAUGGUGCCUGAAUUGGGACAUGAUCAGUAG